AUGAAGAUGCUUAAACAUCAUAUUAUAGAUCAGGAGACCAAGGACGUUAGGGCCAUUCUCGGCCUCGAUCUAGAGAAGGUCUUUGACAAUAUUUCACACUCCCACAUACUCGAAUUCAUCUCUCGCCUCAACCUAGGAACCAACUUUCACAAGUUCGCCAGCUCGUUCCUUAGGGAUAGAAGAGCCACUAUCAAGCUAGAGGACCUCAAGUAUGAGCCCUACGAUCUCGGUUCCUUCGGCACUCCUCAGGGCUCAGUCGUCUCCCCACUGCUGUUUAACAUUGCCAUGCGCGGGCUUGCUGCCGAGCUCUCAAGCCUGGACGGCAUCAAGUACUCCCUUUACGCGGACGAUAUUACCAUAUGGAGUGUCGGUGGCUGGAAGGGCUGCGUGUAG